GCAGGAAUCUUUGCAUAUAAAAAGACACUUGCUCACUCUUUUUCCCUCUCUAAAAACUCUCUCAUCAACCUUCCCUUCUCAUCCCUACUCUAUCAUUCUAUCUCUUCCCCUUCUCUCUCUCUCAUAACAAAGCUAAGAUGUUAUUGAAGUCAGCAAAAUGCGUAUGGGCUUCAGUUUUUCUGCUUCUCUUGGCUGCUUCCUCAGCUACUGCACUGGUUGAAGAUGGCUCGCUCGUGAAUGGUGAUUUCGAGACUCCUCCUUCUGGAGGCUUCUCCUCCGGCGCCGGAAUUUCUGAUGGCACCGCCACAAUCCCGAGCUGGAAAACAAACGGCACGGUGGAGCUGGUUGAAUCGGGGCAGAAACAAGGCGGUAUGAUACUCAUUGUGCCACAGGGUGCACAUGCGGUGCGCCUCGGCAAUGACGCUGAGAUCAGCCAGGAAGUCAAGGUGGAGAAAGGCUCGCUGUACUCCGUCACGUUCAGUGCGGCUCGCACGUGCGCACAGCUAGAGUCACUCAAUGUGUCUGUUCCUCCCGCAUCGCAGACCAUUGAUCUGCAGACUCUCUACAGUGUCCAGGGGUGGGAUUCCUACGCGUGGGCCUUCCAGGCGGAGGAGGAGGAUGUGCGGGUGGUGUUCAGGAACCCCGGGAUGGAGGACGAUCCCACUUGUGGGCCAAUCAUUGAUGACAUAGCAAUCAAGAAGCUCUUUGUUCCUGAUAAGCCAAAAGAUAAUGCUGUUGUUAAUGGAGACUUUGAAGAAGGGCCAUGGAUGUACAGAAACGAGUCGCUCGGCGUACUGCUUCCCACAAACCUGGAUGAAGAGACGUCCUCGCUGCCCGGUUGGAUAGUGGAAUCAAACAGAGCAGUCCGCUACAUCGACUCGUACCAUUUCAACGUCCCUGGGGGAAAAAGAGCCAUUGAAUUGCUUUCGGGAAAGGAAGGGAUUAUCUCACAGAUGGUGGAAACAAAGCCCAACAAGCCUUACAGACUGACGUUUUCACUGGGGAACGCAGGGGACGCCUGCAAGCAGCCGCUCGCCGUGAUGGCAUUUGCUGGUGAUCAGGCCCAGAACAUACACUACACUCCGGAUUCAAACUCUACAUUCCAAACAGCAAUCCUCAACUUCACCUCCAAGGCAGAGAGGACCCGCGUUGCCUUCUACAGUGUGUAUUACAACACGAGAACUGAUGACAUGAGCUCGUUAUGUGGUCCGGUGGUGGAUGAUGUUAGAGUUGAGCAGUCGGGAUCAAUCAGAGUUGGAUUUGGGAAACUGGGAUUGAUCUUGAUUUUGGGCUACCAAUUGCUGGUUGUGGUGAUGCUUGCUAUGCCUUACUGACGUGGUUUUGGUGCGGCAGGGGGGUGUAGGUAAACCAAGCUCCCUUAUGGUGUUGUAUUAGGUAUAAGGUUUUGGCUUGUUAUGAUGGAAAUCAAAAGCUGGUUGCUUGGAUUGGAGUGAUUGAGCUUAUGUUUGGUAAUAUAGUUUGAAUUUUCCUGUAACUUUAGGGUUAUUGCAAAAAGUAUCCUUUUUGUUCCAUAAAACUGCUA